CUCAGCCGCCGCCGCGCUCUCGUCUGGCCGCACAAGGAACCGACAACAACGCUCGCGCACACACAUGCACGCGCACGCUCACUCACUCGAUCACCGUUCCGAACGCGGGGCGCCACUGCCACGAUCCCAUAGGUACACCUAGCCAACGGCUGAUAGGACGUGCCGCCGUCGAUCGACCGACCGACCGCGCGCUCAUCCGUCGUCCAGUUCGGCAGCCCUCGCGCUUGUCGUUCACGGUCGUCUUCGUCCAAUUCCUCGACGUCGUGACACAGCCCGGGCCGCUAUGCCGUUGCCACUGCCGCGUCCAAGACAGUCCUGUACGAUCGUACAGUAUUGAAAUGUCAAUACCGUCGUCAUACACGGUGUCCACCUUUUCCCAAAAGGAUUGUCGCGCACAUUACUAUUGCUGCACACUCGUUCCUCCUUUCACGGUGAGUGUUUUGUCGGUGUUGUGUUAUACGCAUCCACUAGCUGUGCCUUUGUUUACGACUAAUAGAUGUGCACUUUUGUAGGUGUUUGCAAUUUAUAGACAAUUAACACUGGGUAUUCCGUUAGGUCCCCGAAUCCCGAUAUAGAUGCCCCGCGAUCAUAAACAUUGUCUUUAUUUAGUACCACGUUACUGUUUUGUUUGUCUUUCGGUUUGUAAACAUGGUUUCGGGUAUCUACCUACAUUCAAUUUGGGUGAAUGUAUUAGGACAUGAGUACCUAGUUGAUGAAAGUCAUUUACUUUGUGUGAGUCAGUUCAAAUACGUCAUGUAUUGAUGGUUUCAUACUUUUAUUUUUGCAAAUGACUUAAAUGACAAUCAAAAACUUGGUGAAAAACCUAUGGUUAUUGUAUUUCAGAUUCGUGUUAGAAUUUUAUAAUUGUUUAGCUAUUUUAUUAGUUGCGAGGUUAGUAUCGGUGAGAAGCCAACCAACCAGAAAUCUAGUAGGUAAUUUCAAUGGCAAAUUAAUUAUUACAUACCUACUCAACAUAUUUAUUGCCUAUUCGAUUUGUAAAUUAGGAUAUAUAUUGUACAAUAAAUGCAUAGGUACAAUGGAAAAACAAACUUUUGAAUCUUACCCUAAGUAUCAUCAUAGUAACAUUAGGUAAUAUUUUCGUUUUUUUAACAAGGAGUAUUAAUGCACCUUGACUUUUACCAUCUAGAACCCCUAGUGGAAAAUCUAACUUAUUUGUGCUAACAUGAAGACUUAAAAAUUUGACUAGGUAUGAGGUAAGUAGGUUAUAAGCAUAUAUUACCUAGUAGGUAGUUUACCUAGGUUUGACAUUUGUUAAUUAAAAUGUAUAGUUUGGUAGUUAUAGGUAAAGUUUUGUAUUUUCAUAGAAGAAAAGGACAUUUUCAUGUUUCACAUUUAAGUCAUAUUAUAUAUAUCUUAGUUCCUUAGCCCAAUACUUAAUUGUUAGAUAAAUGAAACUUAUAAAUAAUUUCACUAUAUGCCCACCUAUCUACACACAGAUCAGAAUUGUUAAAAUUUCAUAAAAAAAACUAUUGAUGUGAGUUAAUCCAUUUGUUUAAGUAAGAAGGUGUGAUUAUUAUAUUAUUUCUUUUUCCUGUCUAGUUAAAAACAAUCUCGAAUUCUAUUCUUAUUAACUGUAUGAUUAAUUAAUAUUAAUAUCGACUAUAAAUGUUUUUAUUUAGCUAUAUGGCUAUGUAUUAUUUGGAGUGUACCUAAAUUAUUUGAUGAGAUUAAGUUUAUGAAACAAUUAUUUUUCUACUAGGUAUUAUAAUACCUAAUGACGCAGACUGUUUUUAGCAUUAUCUGUGAGCUUAAGCCCAAUCUACACUUCCUGAAUGUACCUUACAUUCAAUAGUUUAAAUCAUAAAUCAAUAUAAUACUUGGAUUUGAGCCUCAGGUACUAGGUAGAUUGUUCUACUUGCUUUAUUAACGUUUGAUUUAGGUACAUUAUUAUUAUUAGAACUUGGGAUUGAUGAAAUAAUGCCUUAAUCAAAAUACUUAGGUAUUAUUAAUCAUAGUUCUGAUUUUCAAAAUGUGUGCCUACAAUUAUUCAUAUUGACCAAUUUAGUAUUAUGUAUGCAUUUUAGUUGCCUUUAUUUUAAUAUUUUAAUAUUUACAGCCAUAACAUAUAUCUAGGUUGCUUGUAUAUUAAAAUUAACUAUCGACAUUUAUGAUACACUAUACAUAUUAUUGAUAUGAUUCUAUUUUAAAUAAAUUUACAAUGGUAGUUUUCAAAACUAAUUACUUAAACAUGUAUGUAUAAUGAUCACUUGUGCAACUAGACGGAUGACAAAGUUAGAUAGGGUAUUUUGUUGAUAAAUAAGUAAAAAUGCUAUUUGUCAUGUUUAAUGUAAAAUAAAUUAUAAUAUUUGAUCUAGUAUCGGUUCUCGUUAUUUUACAUUUUUGUUUUAUUUUUACAUAGCUAUGUUUGUACCUACCUUAAAAAAAUUAAAUAAAAGCACAUUAAAAUCCAAACUCUAUUUUUAUUAAUGUAUAAUCAUGUUUUAUCUACUGUAUAAUAUUUUAAUUUCUGAUUUGACUUUAAAAAGCCCAAGGACUUAAUAAAUAAAUAAAUAAAAAGUUUAUUCUUUCAGUGACUUAAUUAAACUAUCUUGAGUGUUAAAUAAUCACCCUUAUGAGUUUACUCAAAUUAAAUAAGCACCUAGGUAGUAAUAAUUUGUAUUGGCUAAUUCAAAAUCUUUUUAAAAGAAAGUGAAUUAUUUAUACUAUUCUUGUACUUGAUACUUUUAUUUUUAAAGUUAUUUGUUUGAUAUUGUGCCUAUCUGUGUUAGAAAUUAACUAAUAAUGUUAAUUUUAUUGUAAAAAAAUAAAAUAGUUCUUUUUUCAAAACUAAAUAUAGCUCAUUACAAUACUUAUGAUAAUAAUAAUUUUAGUAGAUACAUAGAUUUACAAUAUUUUAUUGUCUUCCUUAUUUAUAGGUUUAGUUAUAAAUAAAUUAUCAAAAUACAUAAUUAAUAAUUUUUAUUGGUCUUAAAACUAAUUUAAUUAUAGUUUUUUGAUAACUUUGAUUUGUGUAGGUGUAAUAAUUUUGUUUUAUAAUUCAUUUCAUUAUUGAAAUUAGGUAUAAGUAUCUUAUUUGUAAUUUCGGUUUCUAUUUUUGUAGUUGUAUAAUUAUUUAUUUAAAUAAACUUAUUUUCUAGAGAUAAGAAUUGGUUAUCUUUAAUUUUGAGUCCAAUAGUAUUAACUAGUAAUUAAGAACAACUUAAUAAGUGGAUAUUAUAUUGAUUCUGAUCAAUUAUUAUCAGUGGGUAGAUAGGUAGGUACUGCAAGUACAUAAUAAUAUGGACCUUAAACUUUUUAUUAUAUUUUAACAUACCUAGUAUAUUUAUUGAUGUCAAGUAAAUAUUAAUAUGUAUCUAGUGUAAAAUACAUUUCUGUUUUAAACUUUAAAACUGUAUAGACAGUUAAAUGUUAAGAAAAUAGAUGGUUGAAAAAAUAUUGUUUUUGAAAUUAAUUGAUUACAUAAUGCAGUUUUGAGUAAAUUAAAUCAUAAUACUGCAAGUAUUUAAUAUUAUGGACUAUUGACUUUAUUAUAUUUUAACAAAGUAAGUUUAUUGAUACAAAGUAAAUAUUAAUAGGUAUCAAGUAUAAGAAUACAUUUUUGUUUUAAAAAACAAACCACAUAAUGAUAAUAAAUUCCUUAUACAUUUUUAAAUAAAUAACUUAAAUAAAUGUUUCUAUAAUAUGUUUAUAAUGAUUAUUUUUUUCAGAUGGUGUAAGAUGUUGUCUUAUUGACAAUAAGAUACUCAACAAAAAUUUAAUGCCAUGGCUAUGUUAAUUACAUGAACUGUAAAAUUUGUAUUUGUGUAUAACACCAGUUAUCUAAAUUAUUAAAAAUGGAAAAUAGAAGGUCAUGGAAGGGCCAGCUAUCACUAAAGGAGUCUGAACACCGUCGAUACUCAGAUUCAGAAGAACACAAGAGUAAAAAAUCAGUAUCCAGUAAUUCAGGUAAUUUUGUUUUAACGUACAAAUUAAAUUCUUCAGUUUACUUUUAAUAAUAAUAAUAAUUAUAUUUACGGAAAUUAAUUUCCGAUUUCAAAAUAAUAAAUUGAUAGUGUAAGUGACAGUUUUAUUAGAACAUGAUGAAAGAAAUAAUUUAUUAAUACUAAAUAAUAAAAUUAAGUUGAACAUUUAAAUUAUCAUGCAAAAUAAACUAUUUGUAGUAAUAUAUAUUAAAAAGUUAAAAUUUUUAUCAUGAUUAUUGAUUUAGUGGACAUACAUACAGUGGACAUAAAAUAAAUUAUUAAAUGUAAAAUUUGAUUUACUUUCCACUAUUCAUUUUAUUUUAUUCAGAGAAUUAGACACAAUUAUAAAUGAUUUAGUUGAAGGUACAUUUUUUUUUUUUUAUAUAGAUAUGAAUAAUUUAUUGUUAAAUGAAGAAAUAUUAUUUGAUAAUCAAUAAAAGAAAAAAAAUAAACUGAGCAUUAAUCUAAAUUUUAAAUAUUACCGUUAAAUUAAUUUUAGCUGUUUUAAUAAACUGACAAAUUAAAAACAAAAUAUAUGCACAUAAUCAUUCUAAUGCUUCAUUUAAAAAACAAAAAAAUAUAGGUACUAAUAAGUUCAUAAAUUAUUUUUGAAAUAUGUUUAUUGCUCUGUAAGUAAAUUAAAAUUAGUAAUUAUUCAAAAUAUCACUAAAAAUUAUAUAAAACUAUAUGACAUUGUGCUUUAAGUCACAUAACUUUUUCAUUCAAAUAUAAAGUUCAUCAAACAUUCUUUUUAGCCAUUGGCAUUAGCUUUUAUAGCAUAUUAUUAUUAUUUCAUAAUACAAUUUUGAAUUUAUUCAAUGAAUUAGUUUAUUAGGUAUAAGUUAUUAACCAAAUUGCCACCAUAUCCAUGGGAUUCAUAAUUAGAUGUAGUUAAUUUCAUACUUUAUAUUUAUAAUGUUAAAUUUAUGAAAAUAAAAAAUUAAUAAGGGCAACUAAAAUAAGAUAAGAAAAGAAAGAAAAUAUUACAAUGAUUGUAAUCAUAUACAAAUUAUUAUGAACAAAGGUAAAUAUUAGAGUAGGGUAAUUUAGAAUUUGUUUAGGGCUGUUUUGAUCAAAGGGCAGCACAGUAUGUAUCAGGGAUGCAAGAUAUUUGUAGGAGGGAAUAAUGAUUUAAACUUUUUUUUACAUUGUUUACAACUAGAAAGAGAGGAUGAAUCUCAAUUAGUAUAUUUUUAAGGAUAUAUUGUGUUUAUAUUCACAAGGCACUAAGAAUCAAACAUUUCUUUUCAAACCUUCCAAAAGUCUAAGUAUAUUAAUGGAAUAUUAUACACUUAAAUAAAAAAAUAAACAAUAGCAUAAAUGUUUGUAUUAAGUAAUUUAUAAUAGAAUUUUAUUUUUUUGAAUAUAUUCAUUAAAUUUGUAGUAACACUUACAAUAAGUUGUAAAUUUAAGUAAUUAAUUAUUGAUAUUUAAAGUUAUUGUUCCUUUUAUCAUAAUAAAAAGUUUUCUUCAACUAAUGAAAUAUGAUUAUUUAAUUAUUAACAUUUGUUUUAAAAUCUGAAUAAUUCGAAUAUUUUAUUUAAAAUAUCUGCUAUCUAUAACUAGACUAUAGGGAAAUUAAAUUAUAUUAUUAUUAUAUAUCAAUAAAUUCAUUCAUUAACAGAUUCUAUAUUUGGUAUAAACCUAGUAUACAGUAUAAUAUAUAUAUUUUGUACAAAAUUGUUUUAUUAUUUUACAAAAAUAGUGAGACUUUAAUACAUUUUAUAUUAUUACCUACUAUUUUUGUAUCAUACAAUUUUACUGACCUUGUAUGUGAACACUAUUAAAUUUUAUUAUGAUUAUGUAGGAACCCAUUUUUUUUUUAAAUUCAUAGUCAUCGUGUAUACUUAGUUUUAUGCCCUAUAUUACAUAGUAUCUUGAGUAAUGAGUUUAAAGAUUUUGUAGUUUAUGGAAUGUAGCCAAUUUUAUGUUCCUCACUUAGAAGUUUUAUAGAACUACAUAGGUACGAGGUAGUUUUGACUUGAUAUUAUAAAUAAAUGUUAAAAGUAGGCAUUUUUAUUCAAAGCCAUAAUUACAUUCCAUUAAAAAAUUAUAAUUUAAUAUUGAAUAACUCAAAAAAAUAUAAUUUUUUCUAAAUGUAAUUUUAAACUAAAUUAAAGAUACAAUAUUGAAAGUUGGUACUUACAUAUAAUAUCCAACAACAUAUCAGGAGAGUAGUAGUUUGAAUUGUUAAUCUAGAAUUUUUAAAUGACCUUGAUCUAAAAACUAUUUUAACAUUACAAAAAUGAUUUUUAAGUGUAUUAUCACAUAUUUUUGUCUUUCAAAUAAAUUUUAAAAUUAAUUAAUUAUGUUAAAAUAAAUUUGUAUUUUUAAGGAUAUAUUUUUUUUUAUCAAGUACCUUUGUUUCUUUAGUUGAUUUUCUUAUGUAUAUUAUAUUUUUAAUUUAGUUUUACCAAUACAAACAGAAAUUGAAAGUGUUAAAUGUAAUAAAUUAGGAAAAUUUUAAGCUACUAUCAUAUUAACUAAAGGAAAUUUACAGUUUUUUUAUUUUUUGUUUAUUUAUAUGAAUAAUAACAAUUUUUAUAUUUUAAAAAUUACUAUAUCAAGAAUACUGAGUUGUAUACAAUUGAAUUAACCAUUAAAACAUACAUAUUACAUCUAUAAAUGAGGCACACCAAAUGGCUGCAGAGGCGAAAUAUUUAUUUUUUUUUUUUAAUUUGCAAUUAAAUCACAUUUCUGCUUCACAUUGUAAUUUCGAAAUAUAUUUGACAAUAUUUGGUAAUUUAUCAAAAUAUCUAAUACAAGGUUUAAAUAAAGGACAUCAAAAUGAUUCUCCUAAUUAUGUUUAUUAUAACCUAACCUAAUUUAAAUUGAAUUAUUUAAUAAAUAAAACAUUCUGAACAUUAAUUAAUAAUUUUAUUAUGAAUAAUUCUACUUUCUUGUUUUCUUUAUCAAACUGAACUUUAAUUAAAUUCAUUGGCGUCAGAAAUAUUUAUGAUUAAAAUAUAGUUUGUUGACUUCUAAUAUUAAAUUAUAUAGUGAACCAUUAUUUAUUGUUAUCAGUAAUUAACCUUGUUCAAUCUAUUUCAUAUUACCUAUAUCCUAGUCUUGUUAUUUAUUGCAAUGCAUAUUAUUGAUAAGGUUUUUAUAUUUUAAGAAAUUGAUUAUUUGUGGAAGGAUAAUACUUACUGUUAAAUAAUAAAAUAAUUCCUAUUGUAAUAUUUCCAUAUUUGAUUGUAUUUUUAUAUAGGUACCUACUUCCAUUAAAUUAAUAAUUAAUUUAACUAUUAAUAAAUAAAAUUGAUUUAGUCAUAUUUAUGAACCAUACUUUGAAUUGUUUUUAAAAUCUAAAAUAAUAGCAUACUUCAGCAUAACAUUGAGAUGAGUGCAUAAUGUAAUUUGCAAUAGUAAAUUUCUGUUCUGUGUAGCUGACAUGUUUAACAUACAUUUUUUUUCAAAAUUCUUAAAAUCUUCGACCUAUUUGUAUAUAACAAAAAAAAAAAUGAAGACAUUUUGUAAAUGUGGUAAAUGUGUGGAGGUUAGAAAAAAAGAGUGGACUCCAUACUUCGCAUGUGAGUGCAGCCACUGUUGUUGGUAGGAAGUUAGAAUGGUAGAAUACAGAGGGGAAUUUAACGUAUAUCUGUAAGCAAUGGUAAACCAUUGUUAAAGAAAAAACGUUUCUGAGCGGAGUCCAGUUGAUAAUGUUGCUUUGUUAACAAUAUAUAUGUCAUAUUAUGGUAAAAUGAUUACAUAUGCAUUAAAAAUUGUCUUUAAUAAUAUUUGUUUGAUAUUGUAUCUAUGUUCCCAUUCUCCCCUUUUUUCCAGUUUUUGCAAUAUAUUGAAAAAAAUCUUAAGAAACUAAAAAAAUGUACGACCCUAGUCUGACUUCCUUUCAAAAAAGUGCUAUCAUUGUAAGUCUAAACAAAAUUGAUGGUAGAAAAGUUGUGCACAGGUAAAAAUAUAAAAUAAACAUCUUUAUAAACUAUAAGAUUCUUCACUCAACUCGGAUUCAAAAAUGUGUCUACUUGCUUUUUCUGUAAAUAGGUAGAUAUGAUUGUUGAUUGAAAUUACUUAAUUUAAAUAUCAAUAUAAAUUACAACAUUAUUUCUAAGUAUGUUAAGAUUGAUUUGAUUUAGGUAUGAUACUUUGAUAUUUAAAAGAAAUUUAUUAUUUAUUACAGCAUAUAAUUAUUAUUAAUUAGUAGCAGUUCUGUUGAUGUUUUUUUUAAAGGUUAAAAUAAAAAUCAUGAAUGAAAUUAUUAUGUAUUUCUCGAUAACAUUUAACUUAAUUUUUAGUGAAAUAAACUUGUUUAUAAACAAAGGAUAGUAUCAAAUAGUAGUAGGUACCAAUUAAUACAUAAUUAUUUAUGACGAAUAUUAUUACAUUCAGUAAACAUAAAUAUAAACAAUCCAGAAAAUAAACUAAAUAUUUUUUUUUCUAAUAUUAGGUAGGUACUUACUUUAAUAAGUAUUUUUUAUUAUCUAGGUACAUAAUAAGUCUUUUUAUAGAGUUUAUGGUUAUUAAAUAUUUUGUUUUAUUAUCAUCUUUGAGUUUUUAUUAGUUUUGGAAAACAGCCUAAUAUAAAUCAUAAAACUAAUGAGGUUUUAACUUCAUCUAACAUAUACUUUAUACACAUUGAUUUAAAAGUGUAUAAAGGAUAGAUACCUAAUAUUUGUUGAGUGAUUAUAUUAUAUCAAUAUGAUAUAUAUAUAUGUUCUUCCCUUUUUUCUUAUUCAGUAUUAUUGUUUUUUUUCGAUAAUCAAAACUCAUGGAUAUUCCAAUGUAGAACAAUGUUUUUUGUAAACAUUUCUAUCUUAAUAAAAUAAUUUAUACGUUUAUGUAAAUAAGAAAGUUUGUUAAAAAAUAAAAUGUGUAUAUUCAUCUCACUGAUGUGACUGGUAAUAAAUUAUAGAACAAUAUUUUUCACAAAAUAUCUCACAAGUUAUGUUAUGAAUUUUAAAAGAUAGAGGAUGUAGUUUUAAAAUUAUUCAUGUACUAUUUAUUAAUUAUUUUUUUAUUUAAAUAAUUUAAAACUAUAUUUGCAUCUCUUUGAGGAUAUUUAUUUAAUUUUAAUUUUAAAUUCAUUAAGAAACAAAUGCUUCUGUUUACUUUUUUUUUUUUUAAAUAUACAUUACUGGUUUAGUAGACUAUAAAAUGAUUAGACUUUAAGUUGAUUUACACUGUACGCCCUAGUCUGAAACAUUUUUAUAUUUUAAUUUAUGGCUGAGAGAUACACACAUUUUUUAUUCUUUAAGUUUAUUACUUAAAUUGUUACAUUGUUCAUUUGCUUCUAGAUUUUUCUAAAACCAUUAUCAUAGGAGAAAAAUAUUUUUUAAAAUAUUAUUUUUAUUAUAAAGUUAACUUUUUCUUAAACUAAGUCACUUAUGUCUUAAAUGCUAUUUUUUUCAUAAUAAAAAUACUUGGAAAAAAACUUUUUUUAAGUGAAUUAUACAUACUAAAUAUUGGUGCAUACAAAUUUGUGAGGUAAGACAAUUUUAAAAUACUUUAUCUAUACAGUAUUUAUACAAACAAUACUAUAAGAUCAACACCCAACUCUAUAAGAUCAUUUUGAAUAUUUACUUGAUUUAAAUUCCUAAUUUUAAUUAAUUAUAUAGAAAGUAUUUAAAUACAUGCAUAGUAAUUAAUUUGCAAAGAACAUUUUAGUAUUUAUUAUAUUUUUUAUAAUUAUCAGAUUACCAUUUUUAUAUUAAAAAUAUGCUUAUUAUUUGCUGAUAAAUGUUUGUACAAAAUAACAAUUAUUUUUGAAUUUGACUUUUUAUUUGAAUUUAAAAUAUUAGAUAUUUGUUUAUAAUUGCAUUUUUUUUUUAAGUUUCUGAAUAUCUUAUUAAUGUUAAUCAAAAUGUUUGCAUUUUAAAAUAUAUUUAUAAGUUAUAAAUAUAAAUUAAUGCCAAGUAAAAUGAAACAAAAAUCAAUGACAUUCAUAAAACAUUGGCACAUUGGUCUAUUUGCUAGUGGUUUUGGCAGAUUUAAUACUAAUAUUUAGCAAAUUUGAGGUCAUAUGUCACUUUUGGCAUUAAAUCUUUUUAAAUGUUGCACAUAAUAUUUGUCUUCUAAUUUUUCUUUAUUUGCAAUAUAAAUAUUAAAAUAAAUUUAAAUAUUAUUGUUAUAAUUAAAACAUUUAAAACAUAUUCAGUAAAUCUAUUAGUUAUAUUAAUGAGCUCUAAACUGUUAGUGAUGAUAGCAAGAUGGUUUUAUUUAUAAUGAGAAAGUUGUUGAUGGUAAUUUAUCUAUUAUUAUCUUGUUAAAUAUCUAUAUAUAUAUACUACAUAUAAAAUGGUGUGUAAUUACACAUUGAGGAAAUCAUAAUAAUUAUCUUCCAGGUAACCAUCAACAAAUUAUUAAAUAUCCAAUCCAUAUUUGAUUAGAUUUAAAUAUUAAUAUUUUUAUAUCAGUUUUUUUUUUUAAAUAUUGUGAUUUCAAAGUUUUAAAUAUUUAAUAACUACAUAGUGGUAUAGCCUAAAUUUAUCACUGGGGGGAUUUAGAGGUUACAUCAUUUUUAACCUUAAAUAUAACUGAAAAAAACUGAGGGGGGGUUACAACAGUCAAAACCCCAUGGCUUAACUAAAUAACCACAAAUUAAUUUAGGCAAUAGAGAUAAAACAAUAAAGCAACAUUAUAUAUUAAAUAGAUCUGUGAUAUUUAAUAUAAUGGAUAGUUGAUUUUUGGUAAAAACUGUUUCCGUUUAUUUGUAAAACAUUUUUUAAAUGAAUAGCAUACACUAUCAGUAGAAUAUUUUAUAUAAAAUAUUCUACAUAUAACGUAGUUAUAUUAUUUAGACACAGAAUAAUUGUCUGUUAUUUUGUAGUUCAGGUUUUAUUUUAUAAUUUCUUUCUUUACUAUGUUAUCAGAAGCACGUGCCAACGAUAAUCUACUUUUUUUUAUGCAUAUGUAUAUAUAUGUAUAUAGGUAUUAUAAUCUUUGUUUUUUUGAAUGUAUCAUGUGACUAUUUAGUCUGGCACUUAAGAGUCUAUUUAUUAUCUAUUUUUCAAUAGAAGGUUUGUGAUUUCUUGUAACCUAUGUGUGCGUUCAUUUUGAUAUUAGUUGUCAGUGCUAUAAGUACUUAGUUUAUACAUUGACUUAUGAUUUAAAAAAUUGCAUAAAACAAUUAUGUGUUAUAUACAUUCCUCUGUACUAGUUGGUGAAAAAAAAAAAAUACGAGAAAUUAAUACAAAUGUAAUCAACAUUAAGGGUGAGUUAAUAUAUAAUUAAACACAAAUUAAAAUGUUGACUGAAUUAUUUUUCAUUCAGCAAACUUUAUUAAUACAAUUUACUGGUCGAGUAUUAAUUAUUUUUACAAGGCAUUCGGCAUUAUACAAUUUUAUAGAGCAUAAAAAUAAUAAAUUAUUGUUUCGUUUUGGGCCAAGUAAUUUUUUUCUCACAUUAGUUAUACAUAGUAUUAUUUCACACGCCAUUUAAAUUCACUUAGUGAAAAAAAUUCCUACAUCACCAAUUGAGCAUAUUAUAUGCAUAUAUAACUCUACAAAACUAAAAUGAUUCAUUCUAGUUUACGUUAUUAAUAAAUGGUGAAGUACUUUUUUUUACAUUGGUGUUUAAUUUUUUUAUUUAAAGUGAUAAAUGACAGCAUCCUCUUAUAAAUAAAUUGAUAAAUUAAAUUUAAAUGUCCUCUACUUUAUAAAUUCAAUUUAAAUAUCCCUAUUUAAAUAAAGUGAUUUAUUUAACUGAAGGUCUCACUUUUAGAUAAAUUGAUUAAUCAAUUUUAAGAGCUACUUUGUUAAUAUUUUCAUUAAAUUUAUUGUGAAUAUCUAAAACAAAAAAAACUAUCAUAAUACUUUUCACAUUGAUGUUUCUUUGGUAAACACUUAGAACAUUUAAGAACCAUGUUAACAUGUUCUUGCAUUAAUAAUAAUUCAUUGUCAUAUUAUUUACUGGAUUACUGGUACUUAGGCAGGGCAGUUUAGCAGAUUAAAUAAAAAUGUAAUAUUUAACAAAUGUGUUUUUUUUACCCAAUACAUUUGAUUUGAUUUAAAGAAUAUAGAUCAUAAAAUGUGUAAAAUUCGAUUUUAUGAUAAAUUUAUAAGAAUUUUAAAUUUAGCUAUGCUUUUUAGAGUAGCCAUACUUAUUUAUUUUUUGUUAAAUCUUAAAUUUGUAUUUAAAUUACUAAUAUAGUAUGAAUAGAUUAUUAUUACAAAAGUAUGAUAAUUUAAAUCAUGUUAUUUUUAAACAAUUCAUCAGUUGAAAUAUAUGACAUAUAACUAACAACAAAUUCUUCUUGUGUACUUUUUCACAAGACUAAAGUACACAUGUAGGAACAUGUGAAGUGCAUAGAUUUUAGUUUUUCUUUUCUUAAAAUGUUUUUAUUUUUGAAAGUUAAUUCAAAUAUUAAUAUUAUUGAUAUUGUUACAACCUAUGUUCAAAAAAGUACAAUAUCAAUAUUUAUAUUUCUUUUUUAUUUCAAGAAAAACCUUAUUUACCUAUUAUCGUAUAAUAAAAUAAGGGUAAAUUUGUAAUCACAGACUAUGUUAUUUAGACAGUUUUUUAAAUAAAAGUUCUUAUGGUAUCAUAUUGAAAAAAUUUAAAAAAAAAAAUUAGUUAUUAAUAAUAUAUAUUCCCUCUCCUACAUACAAAAAUGGUUAGGUUUACAAUAUGCAAAUAUUCUUAAAAAAUAAUAUUUUAAAUAUUAUAUUAUUUUGAUAUUGUGUAUUACGUAGGUUCUAUUCACAAAAUUUUAACAAUCCUGGUUGUAUUUAAUAGAUUUAUGUUUUAUCAAAAGUAAAAUAUUAUGUAGGUACCUACAAAAUUGCUAAAUCAAUAAUUGUCAUGUAUGUAAUAUAAAGCACUGAAGAUAACUACAAAAAAUUAAAAAGCUGAUAGGUAUAUAAAUAAUCAGUCUAUUUUAAUACAGCUUUAUUUAUAAUACCUAAUACCUAUUUAAAUAUAAAACAACAAGGAUAAUAUUUCUAUUUUAAUAACUACAGAUAGUAUUCUUGACUAAUAUUACUAUAAUUAUAAGUGCCAUUAUAAAUCAGUAUUCAUGUUAGUUUUUCUUUUAGAUAAAUUUGUAUUCGAUUUAAAACUAUUGUAUUCAUCAUAGGCUGAAUGAUAAACUUGAACUGGUAGGUACUUAAAAAUAAUCACUUAAAGUAAUUGUGCUAAUUAUAACAAUGUAAAUUAUCUUAUAUUAAAAAAAAAAAAUAAUAAUAAUUUAGUUAUUUUAUUACUUCAGUUCAAUAAAUAAUCUAAAUCAUAUUAUAGGCUAUAAUAUAUAUAUCAGUUGGUACCAAAUUUAAAAAGCCAAAGGUUAACAAACCACUUAUGUCUAUAUAGAGAAUAGUACUAUCAUUAAUAAAUUGUAUGUAUUUGUUCUAGAAUGAACAUUUUUUCAUUAAAAUAUAUACUAAAAUAUAAAAAAUAUGUAUAUUAUAUAAAUUAUUAUUUAAAUUGAAUACAUAUAAUUAAUUGAACACAUUAAAUUUACUAAUUUAUCAAUAAUUUUUUUAGUUUACAAUAUAUUUUAAUAAUAUGACAUUACCUAGUACAACAUAAAGUAUUUCUACAGGUUAAAUUUAGUACCUACAAAAAUUGCUUACAAAUAAACAUAAUAUUAAUCUUGUGGUUUAUAAUUGAUCAUAUUGUUGUUAUGUUGACAGAACUAUCCAAUUUAGUUUUGAUGCGCAACAGUACACUUGGACAGUCGGCACCUUCAUUGUCUAAUAGUUUGGUUUGUACAAGUUACAUAAAUUUAAGUGUUAAAAUUGAAAUAAUUAUUAUUAUUUUUUGAUUCCAUAGAGAGAAUUACAUGUAGCAGGAUCUAUAAGACGGUCAAUUAAGGCUAAUCACAGAAAAAGCUUAAUUUCAAACACAUCUCCUACAUUACCAAGAUGUCACUCUCCAAUGUCAAGUAAACAUUUUAUGAACAACAUUACAGAUAUAUUUUAAAAUAAUUAUUUAUUACAUAUAAUCCAUUAAUCUAAGGAAUUGUUUUAUUUUAGGUAGCCCACUGGAAAGUCCUAAAGUAGUUCAUUCAAAUCCUAAUUUUCCAUUUGUUUCAAUAAAAAGGUAAUUAUUAUUAAAGAUACUUUUUUAAUUAUUAAUAUAUUAUAUUUAUAAUUACAUUAAUUUUGGUAUUCAUUAAUGGAAAUUAAAAUAUAAAAUUUUCAAAUUUAUGUAUAUGAGAUUAAUUCAACACAUUCAACAUUUCAGGCCCUACAAUUUACUUACAACAGAUUGCCGUGAUGGAAGAAGGUGGUCAGUUGCAUCAUUACCAUCAUCUGGUUAUGGAACGACUUCUGGAAGUUCAAAUGUUUCAGUAAGCGUUGACAGUCAAGUGUCUGAUAGUUGGGGAACGAUUUUGAAAAACAAUAAUAUUGAUUUGCAGUCUCAGUGUUCCAGUCAGGAGCGUUUGCAUCAACUUCCAAAUAUGCCAACUUCUGAUGAAUUGCACAUGUUUUCUAAACAUUUCUCAUCCAACGACAGUACUCACAGCGCAGAGGAAGAUAACAUUAUCUAUCGCAAACAUCAUUUCAAUCGACCCCGUUCAAGGAGUUUAAGGUUAAUGUUUUGGUCCAUUGAAUUUUCGUAAGUAUCAGUUAUUUUAAUAUUUUACUUUGUUUCAGCAGUCCAAGCAGAUCACCAGUUCUUGACAAUGAUAUUGUUAUGAUGAAUGUUCUAUAUAAAGAUAGGUUUCCUAAGGUAAAGCUUUUUUAGUUAUUUCUAAGCAUUAUAAAUGUAAUUUAUUAUGUUUGUACUAUAAGUCAUAAUAAUGUUGUAAUAAAAUGUAUACAUUUUAGGCUACACAACAAAUGGAAGAACGUUUAAACAUGUUUAUCCAAGAAUAUGAAAAACUCAACUUGGAACAAAUGGAUAUAUCAGCAGAUGCUUUGCCUAUUGUUAGAUUUGUAAACCAUCAAGUGAUAGAGGUUGCUAGAGAUUGCUUAAAGAAAUCUGAAGAAAAAUUAAUUACCCGUGGUUAUUUCUAUGAAAUGUCUGGAAAUUUGGAGUUAUUAUUGGCAGAGGUAUACUGUGUACUAAACAUAUUUAUAAUCAUUAAAUUAAAAUAUAAAUUUUUUUUUAUUAGGCAAGAGAAAAAUCGGAAGAAGCUUCUGCAUUGUUAUCAGGAACAAUGAAAAAAUUGUUAUUAAUAAUAUCUAGACCAGCCAGAUUACUUGAAUGUUUAGAGUUUGAUCCUGAAGAAUUUUAUCAUUUGUUAGAACAAGCUGAAGGACAGGCUAAAAUAUGCCAAGGCAUUAAGGAUGAAAUACCACAAUAUAUAAUAGGAAAAUUAGGUUUAAAUCGUAAUACGACUGAUGGUAUGUUUUAUAUUUAUAACCAUAUAGUAUAUUUUAAUUAAGUAUUAAAAUUACACUUAUAUUUUUCAGAUAUUGAUGUAAAUUUUCACAAAUUAGAUGAGUAUUCUUCUUCAUUAUUAAAAAAGUCUCAACAGCAAAGUACUAAAAAAGAUAAUACUUUUUCUUCUGUGAGUAAUUAUUUUUAUUCUGUAUCUAGAUAAAUAAUUGUUAUAAGUUUUUUUUUUUUACCAUUUAAUUAUAUUUUAUUUUAGCCUCCAUCAGAAGUUGACUUUGACGUAAUCAAAUUGAUCUCAAACGGAGCUUAUGGCGCUGUGUAUCUUGUAAGGCAUAAACAAACCCGUCAACGGUUUGCAAUGAAGAAAAUAAUUAAGAAUAGUCUAAUAUUGCGAAAUCAAAUUGAACAAGUAUUUGCUGAAAGGGAUAUCAUGAGUUUUACAGACAAUCCUUUUGUUGUCACCAUGUACUGUAGUUUUGAAACAAGAGUAAGUAAUAUUUUAAAUUGUUUGAUAUAAACUGUAAUACAUGUUUAUGAGAAUCAAAACAUAAAUGUUUUUUUAGAAACAUCUUUGUCUUGUAAUGGAAUAUGUUGAAGGAGGUGAUUGUGCCUCUCUGUUGAAAAAUAUUGGUCCUUUACCACCAGAUAUGGCAAAGUUUUACUUUGCAGAGACAGUACUUGCAGUUGAAUAUCUUCACAAUUAUGGGAUUGUGCAUCGGGACUUGAAGCCUGACAAGUAAAUAUAAUACAUUGUGUUUAUAGAUAAACCAUUUUAAUUGGUUUUUGUUUUUUACAUUUUCAGUCUUUUAAUUACCGCAUUAGGCCAUAUUAAAUUAACCGAUUUUGGAUUGAGUAAAAUGGGCUUGAUGUCAUGUAAGCAAACUAAAUUUUUGUAAUAAUUAUUAUGUUCAAUAGUUAUGAAUUAUUAUUUUUAAUGUAUUGUAUUUUUUUUUUUUAUUUUUGUAAAUAGUGGCAACUAAUUUAUAUGAAGUACAUGUUGACAGAGAUACUCGACAGUUUUCUGAUAAACAAGUAUUUGGUACUCCUGAGUAUAUAGCACCAGAAGUAAUUUUAAGGUAUGCAUUUACUUGAAUACACUUCAAAUUAUAUCACAUGAGAACAUGAUCAUUAUUCAAUAUUCAAAAUAUAAUCAAAUCCAACUUAACAAAUAUUUAUUUUCAGACAAGGUUAUGGUAAACCAGUAGACUGGUGGUCCAUGGGAAUAAUAUUGUAUGAAUUUUUAGUGGGGUGUGUACCAUUUUUUGGAGAAACCCCUGAAGAACUAUUUGCCCAUACAGUAAAUGGUUAGAAUUAUUUGUUUAUUGUUGUGUAUUAGAUGUUAUUUAUUUAUUUAUGUGUAUUCAUAAUAUUACAGAUGAUAUUGAAUGGCCUGAUGAAAAUGAUUGGCCAAUUCAGCCAGAAGCUAAAAAUAUAAUAUCAGCAUUGUUGCAACAAAACCCCAGGGACCGGUUGGGUACCGGUGGAUCUCAUGAAGUAAAAGAUCAUCCAUAUUUCUAUGGCGUAGAUUGGAACUCAUUAUUGAGACAAAAAGCUGAAUUUAUGCCACAAUUAGGUGAUGAAGAAGACACAAGUUAUUUUGAUUGUAAGUAUUAAAACAUGUGAACAUGUUUACAUUAAUUUUAUUAUUGUGAGAUAAUAAAAAUAAUGUAAUGUGAUUAUUUCAGCUCGAAGUGACCGGUAUAAUCAUGAAGUCGAGGAAGAUACUGACGAUGACUCCUUGAUUUUGGGUACAUUUUCAUCCUGUUCUCCACAGUUUCGAAAAGUAGCAAGUAAAUUGUCAUUGAACAAUGAAUAUUCAUCAUUAUCACCCUCAGUGAACUAUAAAGAUGAUUCUUUAUCUGUUAAUACCGGUUAGUGAAUACAAUUUUUUACUGUCCUUUUCAUUUAUCAUAUAAAUUAUGUAUUUCAGUUAUUAGGACAUUAAUUUAUUAGAUUAUGUUGAUUAAUUAGGAAUGUUUGAUACUUCAGCUUCAGAAGGUGAAAUGGUAGAAGAAAGUUUAAAAUCGCCUGUUUCCAAGAAAACUGGGACAUUGGACACAACACAAAAUGAAAAUGACUCAAACACUCAAAUGCAUCGUAGACGGCGUUUGUAUAGUAAGGAAAGCAUACCAAAAUUCUCAAUUUCAAUUGAAGAUGACAGAUCUCCGUAAGCUCUAUAUGCUAUUUCAUUUUUAUAAAAUUCUUGUAUUGAAUAAUAAAAUAUAGAAAAUAUUUUUCUAAUUUUAUUUUUCAUUUAUUGAUUUAUUUUUUGUAUGUAUAUAAAUCUAAUGUGUAAUAUGCUUUUUAUAUUAAAAAAAAGCAAGUUAAAGUGCACUAGUAGUAUUGCAGUAUUUAAUAAACUCAUUAUCUAAUGAGAUUGAUUUGUAGUUUGUAGGAAAAGAAAAUCUUUUUGAUUAUCUUGGUUAAAUACACACUUAAAAACAUUUUAUUUUAUAAAAUAGGUCGACAUAGUGUUAGUGCUAUUGAUUUUGGCAUGUCUUUUAAUCUUGAAGUUUUUAUUUAUGUAGGUGUUCAAUGAUGCAUUGUUUUUAUUUACUUCAACACUAUUGUUUAUUCUAAAUUAAAUACAACAUAUAUAAUAAUAUAUUUUAUAUUGUUUUAUCAUUAUAAAAAUUCAUAAGUAUUAUUACAUAAUUACUAUUUAUCUAAUCAUUUAGCACUUAAAAUAAUUUAAUAUUAAAGUAUUUGAUUUUAAUUUUCAAACCUAUUCUUAAAUUUAAAUACCAUUUCUAAUGACCACUUAAGAUAAUUCAAAAAAAAAAAUUUAAUUGCAGUUGAAUAUGUUUUUUUAAAAUUAUGAUGAAAUAAUGAUACAAUAUAUUAUGUUUUGAAUAAGAAUUUAUUUAGUUAGUAAAUAUUAACCAUUGAUAAAUGUACAAAAGUAAAACUAUAAUAAUAUUAUUACAUACAUUUUUAAUAUUUAUAUAUUUAAAGAGUAAAAAAAAAAAUAUUUUAUUUUAAAAUUCCUAAAUAUAAAUAUAUUAAAGUAAAUUAAAACGGUAUUUAUUACUUUUAAAAAAAAUACAUUAAUUUAUAAUAUGAAUAUUGUAGUUAAAUUAUAAACUGCUAGAAUCAGUAUAUCUCUUCCUUAGAUCAUUCUGGGAAAUCUGUAAAUAUAAUAUUACAUUGCAUCAAAAUAUUGUUAUUUACUCAUAAAGUCAUAACUGUUAUUUACAAUUUUUUGUUGAAAAACAACAGAUCCUUUAAAUAAAAUAAUCAAGAAUAGUUAAUAGUCAAGAAAUAAAUUUUAUAAAUAACUUUAAAUGUAUAUAAUUUGAUGGAUAAAAUAAUUAAUCAUCAGUAGAGCCAAUUUUUACUUCUUCAGAAUUAUAUUUUUAUGUUCAAUAUUAUUAUUGUUACAAAUAUUUAAUAUAAUAGUUCUGGUCUAUUCAAAGUUUUACUUAAUUAAUUUAAUUUUUAAUGGUUUACUUAGUGUUAUAUUUUCAAAUGGUUAAAUUAUAUUAUAAACUACUCAGUUACAAUUAAACUUAAUCAAACUUAAUUUUUUAUUUUCAUUAUUUUCUACAACAUUGUUUAUGAAAUUCAGUUUAAAUCACCAAAGAUCAGUGAUGCAUUUGACAAUGAAUUUAAUUAUUUUGGUCUUUUAUAAUAAAAAUCAAUUUUAGAGAAUUUGUGAUUUUGUGAUAAAUGUGAAAUAAUAUUAGUGUAAUCUUUUGUUAGGAUGAUGAUAUGGAAAUGUAUUUGAGUUAAUAAGACAAAUAUUGUUCUAGUGUUUUAAUAAACAGAGAGAACUGACUAGGUAUUAGUAUAGGGUACACAUUUAUAAAAAAUAUUUUUAAUGUAAUUACAAAAUAAAAGAACCAAUAAAAGUUAAAUUUAUAACUUUAAUUUUAUACCUGCCUGUUUCUAAAAUUAUUUUCUAGAGGUUUUUAACUGUUAGGAAAUUUAGAAAUUUAUGAUUAAAUUGUUUUUUUAGUUUGUUGAUUAGAUGUUGGUUAUGGUAAAUAGGUAUAUAUUUAUUUAUUCUUCUUUUCAAAAUGUCUGAUAAAUAUAGUAUUCCAUUCAAGUCAAAAAUAAUAAUAUGAUUUAUACAAACCUUAAAUUGUAUGUUCAUUGCUUUUUGAUUACUCAACAUUUUAAAUUUAAAUUAAUUAUUGUAUUUAUUACUAGUAUUUAAAUAUUAAUUAUAUUAUUCAAGAGUAGCCAGAGUUAAAUUUUUUUUUUAUAUACCUAGUCAUUUAUUAAUAUAAUAAUGUUCUUUUUAAAAUUAAAUGGUUUAACAAACUACCUAGUCUAAUUUGAUUAUUUGUUUUAUGAUAAACAUUUAGUUUCUUAACUAAGUCCAUAGUCCAAAAAUUGAUUAACUCUUAAAAAUAUUUUUUAUAUACAUUUUUGUUUAUUUUAUGAUUAUACAAUAAAUAAUUUUGAUAAUAACAAGGUACUGUUUAUAAAUGUAUUUGAAAGUAAAAUUAAAUAUUUUUGAGUUGAUAAAAUUCCAUUUUCCAAAAUUGUUGUGAAACUUCCUUAAAUGCAACCCUUUAAAUACAGGAUUUAGCAUAUCCUCUUUAUAUCAAAUCUUAUGAAACACAAAUUUAAUAAAUUAGUUAUAACUAUCUGGCAUCUGUUAUCUGUAUAUAUAAAGAAAUUUUCAGACUAAGAAAAUAUAAAAAAUGCACCAUGAUUGUGAGAUUAGUUUUGAUACAUACAUACAAUUUCUUUUUAACUAUUUUAAAGAAAUUUAUAUUUUUAAAUUGUUUUGCUAAGUUAAAUGAAAUAUAUUUUCUAUUAUGAUUUAUCUUUGAUAUUUGAUUACUUGUUAAAUUUACAAUGUAUAAUAUUUAAUUAUAAUUAUUUUUCAGGCAAUUAAGAAGUCUGUCAGAAAAUGAAUCUGAUGAUCCUUCCCCAGAGAAAAAAGAAGAAUUUCUAAGUUUACCAGUGACAGCGAAUUUGUGUCCAACAUUACCACCUUCAUCAAGUUCCAGCAUGUCAAAAAAUUCUACCAGUAAUUCUUUUAGUGGUCAACGUACAAGAUCUGUCAUUAAAAGUUUCUCAGCCACUGGAUUGUCUUUGAUGAUCCCUCCUGGUAUGUAUAUGAUGAUUGACAAAUUAUAUAAUCUAAACAAAAUUAUCAUGAUGUUUACUGUUGAGUAAUACAUAUGGCCCUUACUUGUGUUGUUUUAGAAUCCAGUAGCAAUGGAUUGCAUAUGAAGUCGCCAGGAUCGUGUAGUGCAUUGAGCUCACCCUGCCGUGAUGUACCCAUGAUCACCAGUUUGAAACCACCCAUAAUAUUGCGUAGAGGACCUUCUGGUUUUGGUUUUACUGUCAACACUAUUCGUGUAUACUAUGGUGAUAGUGAUUUCUACACUAUGCAUCAUUUAGUAAUGGUAUGUAAAUGUGUUGUGCAUAUAAAGAUAAUUCUAUACUUUAUAUUUAUGGCUUUUGUUAUCUAUUCAUAAGCUGUACUCAAAUAAAAUAUAUAAUCGAGUUCAAACCACUUAUGUAAUCCUAGCAUGUAUCAACAUAUUGUUAUUCUAUUAUAUUACAACUCUACUAAAUUGUUUAAACAUUAUUUUAUUUGUGGUUGGUUUAUGAGUUAUAUAGUGUAUACAUAUAUGCCAUAAAAUAAUAAUUCUACAUAAUAUCCAAUCACUUAUAAAUCGUUAAAUCAAAUAAAAAAAUUUAAACAAUAACAUUAUUAUUUACAUUUUAAUGGAUGGAGACUAUAGUAUUGUAUUUGAGGUAUUUGAUAAUUCUGUAUAUUGUAAAAAUGAUAAACAGUGGCUGGAGAGGGGAUGUUUCCUUGACUAAUUCUUUGUUUAAGAAAAAUUGAUAAAGAUAAGAUUUAUACAGUAGUUUACAAAUUAACAAUAACUGGAUACUAGUAGUUUUUGAAAUGUAUUUAUUUCAAAUUCAACUAUUAGUCAUAUAAAAAAAAAAAAAAAAAAAAAUGGUAAACUUUGAUUUUUUAUCUUUGCUUUUAGUUUUUAAAUUAAAUCAAUACUAUAUUCAAGAUUUAUUUUAAAUUCUCAUAGAAAUAGUCAAAAUAGUACUUGAUUACUAAGGAUUUAUCAAUUCAUUUUUUUUAAUUAUACAUUUUUCAUUAAGUGAAGAGUAAUAUUUUAAGUUAAAGUUUUAGAUUAUAGUGAAAUUCUUUUUGCAAAUAUUGAUUUUUUCUCCUUAUGAAGUAAUUUGUAAAGAUUAAUUACAUUUUAGUUUUCAUUGGUAAUAACUAAUAUGAAUGUCUAAGUAAAAAAAAUUAUUAUUUUAUUUUUCCUAAAUUCCCACUAUAAUACUGGCUUAUCUAUGAGCAGUAUAUCUUAUACCAAUGAUGUAUAUAAUAUCUAAAAUGUUCUAGGGUCCCAUCCCCUCUCCCAUUGUAUAACCUGGGCUAUGCCACUGAGUACAGAUUUAUUAUUUUAUGUAUAAAAUUAUAUUGUGCACCUAAAUACCUCAUCGUAUUUGAAAAAUUUAAAUUUGUUUUAAAAAUCAAGGAGGAUUAAUAUUAUUAAUUUUAAACAUUUGAAAUAACUAUAUAUAUACAUACCAUUGGAUCAAGUCUUCAGUUUUUCUUUUUUGUCUUUUUAGUUACUAUUCAAAUUCCUAAAACAAAAAUAAUUUAAAAUUUCAAAACAAAUUGUAGUCUACAAUUGUAUUGUUAGUAAUUGUUGUAUAUUGUGGAAUACUAUUGCAUUUAAAAAUUAGACUGAUUUCUGUUUUGGAACUUAGAUAGAUUUUAAAUCUGAUUUGAUUAAUAUAAUUAAAUAUACUUAUAUUUUUUUACUCAUUUUUAUAUGCCUACUACAAUAUGAUAUAUUACCUAUAGAAUAAUUUAGGAUAAAUAUCUUUUUUAGAUUUAGAUUUUUUUUUUUUGGAAAUCAUGAAAAAAAGAUGACUAAUAAUUUAAAAAUUAUAUUGUUGAUAGAAUUUUCACAAUUGUAGCUGGUUAGUUAGGAAAAUGAUUAUUUAAUUUAAUUUUUAUUGUUUAUAGCAUAAAUUACAGUGGUUAUUAGUUUAAAAGUUUACAUUGUUGUAUUAUAAUAUAAGGUUGUACAUUUCUAUUGUCUUAAGGUAGGAGAGGGUUUUGAUUACUGAUACUGGUUGGUCCAAUUGUUUCAUAUAGAUUAUCUGGAAUGUUGAAUUCCUUUCUGGCUUUGGUGAACAUAGUACAGUAAAUUAUCAUAUGUUUGGUAGAGUAGAUUGUGUUACAUGUUGGACAUAGGGAUGGUUUUGUCUUUUCCAUUAGGUAUCCAUAUGAAAAUAUAGUGUAACCAAUUAUUAGUAGGUUAAGGACUACUUCUUUCUUACAAUUUAAUUGACUGCAUUUGGGCCAGGUGUACAACAGAGUGUUUGAUUUCAAGUAUUUUAUUUUCCAUGGUAUUGUGCCAUUCAGUGUUCCAUUUAGCCCUGCAGUAUUUAUUUAUAUUUGAUUUUAUGUUUAAGAGUGUUGAUAAAGAAAGUAUUUCACAGUUAGGGUUGUUUAUUUCAUUUUUAGCUGCUAUAUUUGCAUCCUCGUUACCCUUAAUAUUAUAAUGUACUGAAGUCCAAAUGAAUCUUAUAUCUUUGUUGGAUUUGGAAAAAAUGUAGCUGAUUCUUAAUGCUUCAUUUAUAUCAGAUUGACAAAAUAAUAACUAACGAAAUAUGAUACUGAGCGAAAAUCGGUAAAAUAUGUAUUGCAAUGUCGUGAUUUUUACUACUAUAAUAUGAUUUUUUUUUACUAUCAAAUGCAUUUUAGGAUGAACCUUAUAUUAAAUUUUCAACCACAUUAAUGGUUUAUCAAUAUUAAUGCCCUAUAAUUUUUCAAAAUUUGAACGUUAAACGUGUAAAAAAAAUGUUUACAUUACUUUUUAUUUUUUUAUUUUUACCACUUUGUACAAAUUAUGACAGAAUUUUUCAACAUUUUUUCUUGCAAAACCAAUUUAUCUACAUAGAACUAAACUAAAAAACCUCAAAAUUGUCAAAUUCCUUUAUAAAUAAUUAAACAUUUACGAGAAUGUUAUCCACAUCUAGAAAAUGCUAAUAUAAGUAUUCUGUAAAAAUUGCUGUUACCUUACGAUUAUUUUUACCGAAUUACUAAAAAUAAAACUAAAUUGUAAAUAAUGAAACUGUUAUACUUUUUCGAUUAUUCCUAAUUAUUCUUAAUUUUUAAUUAUUAAGAAAACUACACGGAUAAUCAAAAAACGACCUACUUAUGUGCCAACAAGACAACAUUUUUUUUUAGAAAAUAUGCUACAUUUGGAAUUCGAAGCAAGAUUUCUGAUAGAUCGAUUAUAAAGAAACUAUUAAUGCUGUAAAUUUGUCAGGUUUUUAAUAUCUUUUUUCAUGGUACCUUAGUAAAAUUAAAACUACAAACAUCAAAAGCUAAUCUCUUUAAUACACCGAUUAGAUCCGAAAUACUCAAAAAAAUAAACAUAAAUCUUAAUUAUAUAGAAAAAUCACUCUGCUUAAAAUUUUAAACUUUGACUAUCGUUUUAUUGUUACAAACUAAUAAUUCACAUAUCUAUAUUUUAAAAGGUGGGUUCGAACAGAGAAUUUCCUCUAAUAGAAAAUUAGAUGUGAUGUGUGACUAAUCAAAAAAAAAAACGAAGUUAUUAUUGUUCAUUCUUGGGUCCAGUGGUGUCCCCAUGGUUUUUUUAAUAAAGUUGGGAGGGGGUUUUAUACUAAAAAAAAAAAGAUUAAAAAAAAAAAUGGUUCACAAAAUAUAUAAUAAUUGUGCAAUACAAUUAUUUAUACUUAGCUGAAUAAGUAGUGCACAUAUCCAAUGAUUUUUUUAUUAGUAAUAAUUUAUCAAUGUUGAAUUAUUUAUAUUAUUUUUUUGUAAUUGAUAUGCUAAAUGGAGGGGGGACUAAAGUCCCUCUAGCCCUACCCUAAGUACGUCACUGGUCUGGCCACGGUUGUAAUUAGGAAGUUAGAAUGUCAGGAUGUAUAGGGUGAUAUAUUGAAUACCACGAAUACCACGGAAAAUUAUUGUGAACGAAUAACGAUUCUAAGCGAGAUAGGUUAAACAUUUAAUGAUAAAUUUUAACAGAUUUUUAACCAUUACUUGAUGGUUUUACGGCCUAAAAUUGAAAUUAAGUACCAGAUUAAAAACCGAUUGAUUAUGGUCUACUUGUUCGGCUUCUUUAUGAGAGACAAGUAGUCGUGCAAGCUCAAUGUCCGUCCGAUCGAAAUUUAUGAUAAAUUAAAAACCGAGGUCAAAAUUAAGUUCGAAAUUUGAUUUUUAGCCGAAACACUGACAAAAUCUUUCUGGUUCUAGAUUCUGAGCGAGGGUUUUAUUGAAUUUACUAUGUGUGUGUUUUGUCUGAGCACCAUUUCUGAAAGGAAAUUUCAUCUAGCAGUUGCAGGUCAUUAGUAGUUUUCAUAAUAAUUGGGAAAAGAUGAAAAAUAUAAACGUACAAAUUUUACAUUAUUUUAAAUUUUUACGAUUUAUGUUUUCUACCCGCAGAAAUUCUGCUCUAUUCAAAAAAUGAAUAGAGAUUUUUUUGUUGUUUUUUAUCUAAUUGGUGAGUAAAAUAGUCGGUAUUUUGAUUUUCCUUGUAGUUUUUUUUGAUAAUUGAGCGAAACCAAAAAAAAAAAAAAAUAAACGUAGAAAGAACGGGAAAAUUUACGAAUAUAAUGCGUUUAUUUUUCUUGUUGUUAUAAUACAGUUUAAAAUAUUUAUAUAGACUUGAAAUUUUGACACAAAACUUAUAUUUGCCUUUCUAGACGUGGUAAAAUGUUCAAACAUUUGGGUCAUUUUUAAGCUAUUUAAACGCAUUUUAAUUUUGCGAGUUUUUACGUAAUUUUUAUUUGGUAGGUACUCUGUGGAUAAAAUUGUUUAACCAAUCAGAAAUGUUUAAAAAUUUAACAGUAGGUUCAUUAUAAGUUUUACUUAGUUGUCAAAAAAAAAAAAAAUAAAUAAAUAAAUAAAUUAGAAUGUAAUUGUGGUUAAAAAUGUUGAAGAAAAUCGUAAAUAUUAAUAUAAAUGUACUUCACUUAGAAUCGUUUUUCAUUAGCAAUGGUUUAUUGGUGCUUAUAGAUUCAUAUCUAUAAGCGUUUUUAAAUAAAAUAACAUUAUGUAUCAUACCUUCCUAACUUCCCACUUAUACCUGCUGUGGUGCACCUAUCAGCAGUAUCACUUUUUUUUUUUGUUCAUUAUUUGAAUAUAGUUUUAAAAUUGAUAAUUGGUAUCUAAAAUAGGCCAGAAUAGUCGGCGUAGAGGUCACUCGACUGUCUUCACGACUUAAUUUUAAUGUGCUCCUAACCUUGAAACCUAAAGAUGUGCGUUAUAAUAAAAUUUGUUGUGUGUCUUGUCUAAACAGGCCGUUGACUCCGGUAGUCCUGCAUUCGAGGCGGGCCUGAAUCCAGGUAACCUGAUCACGCAUGUCAACGACGAGCCCGUACAGGGUAUGAACCACACUCAGGUUUUGCAGUUGCUGUUGUCCGGCGGCGACAAGGCCACUCUACGGUCCACGCCGCUGGAAUUCACGACCAUCAAGACUGGCGGCCGGCGCCGGGAACCAGGACAGAGCAAGCUGGCGUCAAACGCCCGGCACAGGGGCCUCGGGUUCGGGCAUCACUCACACCGACACAAACGGUCGCAGCGCAAGGAUAUACCGGCCGGCGAAAGCAGGCGUCGGAACAAGUCAUCGUUGUUCCGACGGAUUAGCACAAAGUGUUCGCCCGAUUAUCAACAGGUAAGCAACACAAGUUAUCGUUGUUAGUAUUUAUUAGGAAAGAUCCGGACAUGAUGGGACAGCUAAUUUUAGAUUAAUUUUUCAAAAUGAUAAUUGUUAUAAUAAUUGUAUUUUCGAGUACUAUCCAAUGUAAAAUUGUAUACUACUUUCAAAUCUUCGUUCGAAAAUGAAUUAUAAUAAUUUUUGUACAACGAGUUACUUGAAUGUUUUCCCAUUUUCCAACAUGUGAAGGUUAGAUGGGAUAUAAUGUUUAGGCACGAUAUGGGACACGUAUAGCUUAGAACUAGAUGAUGGCCUAGAAUUUUAGGUUAAACUGAUAAAUUAUAAUGUAAAAAAUAAAAGCAAUACUGAUUGUGUGGCCUUUAGAAAUAACAUUAAGAUAAUAUUUUAAACAGGUAACUUGAUAGCUUUAAGAAUUCAAAUAAGAAACAUUUUUUUAACAAAUAAAAAAAUAACAUAAUUAACUAUUGUAAUGCGUGCCUGUUAUAAAUAAUUUAAUAUAUAAAAGUAAACACGAAAUAAACCGACCUAUAAAAGUGAAAAGUAAUAGAAAAGUAUACAUGUAAUGUAAGUCACUCAUUAUCCUGGAAAGUCUGCGAACAACGUUUAUACACCGGACACGAAUUAAAUAUACGCUAACCGAUAACAUAUGACGUUUAGGCGCGCUUCUAAAUAUAUCCUGUGCAAUUCCGUCAUCUUUGAUAACCGUAGAUUAGAAUUAUUUAGUCCGUGCUGAUAAUAAUGUUUGGACGAAAAAUUAAACAUCCAUAUCUAUCAUAUUUCCGGUUAAAGGCGCCCACUGCACAACACUGUUUUGGUAUGUCGUUUCCGACAAAUUUUAACUUUAUAUUAUACGCGUAGAACACAAAUGUAAAAUUACGCUCUAAGAAGUUAACAAUACUAUACUUGUUCCCGAAUCCGUUCCGUGCUAGGUAUUAAAGCAAUGAACGUUUUUAACCGUGUAGUUUAGCCCGGAUCAUAAUAAACCUAAGAGUUUUAUAUUAUACGGCCAGCGGUACGAAAGAGUAAACGUCGGUUUUUGUUUUCGCAGCUGACCCUUAUGAGCGGCCGGUCUCCGUGCGCGGCUGCGCCUGCGGUUGCCGCCCAACAGGAUGGCGUCAUGUCGGCCGCGGUGGACUACUCGUCGUCGACCAGCUCGUCGAGCUCGUCGUCCAACUCGUCGCCUACCGUAACGCCCAACUCGCCGACGCCGUAUCAGCGGCCGUCCACGCUGCACGGGCUCAAGCACAAGUUGCACUCGGCUACUAAAAACCUACACUCUCCGAACCGGCGCAAGUCUGUCGGCCACAUACCGCUGUCCCCGUUGGCCCGGACGCCGUCCCCGUCACCGUUGCCCCAGUCACCGACCCGGUCGCCCAGCCCGUUGACUUUCUCGGCUGGCCAUCAGCCGGGCAGUUCGAACACUACGCAAUCGUACAGCCCGUCCUCGCUGUCCAACCCGAACGCAGCGGGCACGGGCGCCGUGGGUGCGUCCGGCGUCGCGUCCUGUUCGAUUGCCGGUUCGUCUGCUGGGCCCGGAGUGUCCGCGGUCGGUGCCACUGCCGCGUCCGGCUGCUGCAAGAAAGGGGCCGGUUCGUCGUUCGGCAGGCCGUGCAAAACGUCGGAACCCGGAUCACCGCUGUUGCGCCGGGCCCUGUCGCCCGAUCGGUUGCACCCGCGCACGGCCGAGACCAAGUCCAAUUCCAUAUCGCCGCUGUGCGAUCCCGCGCUCAAGGUCACCAUGCACCACGCGCCACGCAUGACCGUCAUAACCAAGUCGCCGCCUAUGUGCUCGCGGGCGUCUUCCACGGGCGCCGAUUCGCCGCUCGUCAAGACGGUCACCACCCUGACGUACGUGCAAUCCACUGCCGCCGCCGCCGCUGCCGCCGCCUCGCCGCAAACAGCGGAAAAAACGCUGUUUCCGCCGGUGACGACCAUCGCGGCGUGUGACGACGGUCAACAACUGCACCCGGUCACUUCGUUGCCGCGCAUAGCUGAGGAGAGAGACCAUCAGCAACAACAGCAGCAGCACCAUCAUCAUCAUCACCAAUAUUCGCUCGGUCGCGGCGGGGAGGAUACCGCGACUGCGGUGACGACCGACAGGCCCAAGUCGGCAAAGUCGUCCCAAGUCACCGGCACUAGGUUUUUUUUCAACCGGAAGUACAAGCAAUCCAGGGCCGACCAGGUGUGCAUCAAACACGUUGGCGGGUACGAGGGCAACAAGAGCGGCGGCGGUAUCGUGGUAGCUGCCGUUGCGUCGUCCGGUCGGGACGCCGCCGCCGCGAUCAGCCCAGCCGCCAGUAAGGACGACGUGCCGCCACCCUGAGACGACAUCAUUCGACGGGUUCUACUUAUUCAUCCCGUCGAUGCAUUAUUAUCAGCACGGAGGAGGCUUGCGCUGCAGUCGCACAAAUACGGUGACGGUAACAUCAAUUCAGUUGUCAUGGAUGAACUAUUCCUAAGUUCGAUUCAGCAUAGUUUUUAUCACUAUGUUACGUGCACCAUCUUCACCAUCAUCAUCGUCAUCGUCAUCGCGGCCAUCAUUGUCUUUAUGACAAUUCUAUUGCAUUACUGUCGUCAAGGAUAAAAAAAUAAACUUGUUCUUUGGCAGCACAUUUUUUAACUAUAGGUUAAUUUGUAUUUAUUAUUAUUAUAUAUUCUUUUUUUUUCUUUUUUUUUUUUCGGUGUAUCAACCUAUGUGGAUUCUCAUACGAGCUCGAUAUAAUAUAAUAUGACAACUUGUAUUUAUAACUAUAUAGUAUCAUACUGUAUAGGUACAUGUGUAGGAUAGCAGUCCGAUUUUGUGCAAUAAGUUAUAUAAUGAAUAGAUUUUGUUAAGUUUAAUUAGUUUUCUUCUUGUGAAUCUGGUUUCUCAUUAGAUCUUGCAAAAAUAUUGAUAUAGUGGGAAAUAAAACAAUGAGUAUUCAAAAUCAGGGUCUCAUUUACAAUCAUAAUCACAACAAUAUUAAUAUUACAAUUUAACACAAUCAAUCUUGCAAAAAAAUUUGAUGUUAUUAUUAUUUAUUAACAAAAGCAAAAUUGUUUAUGAACAAUAAUAUAUUUUAUUGUGUGUGUGGGGCUCUCAGUGGAUUAUUCUUGGAAAGAUAAUAUUUUUUUUUUUUUAUAUAAUAUAUAUACUAAAAUGUGGAGUGUGUGUUUUGUUUUCAUAGUCUGUAAAAUUAUUGAUUCCAAUAAAAUGUUUAUAAUAAUAUAUUAAGUAACGUGUGCAUGUGAGUACGAAAAUUACCAAAUAUUUAAAAUAUUAUUUUAUUAUUGUAAAAUAGUAUAUUUUUUUUGAUGUGCAAUUGAUUCAUGAAUACUCGAAUGGCUUCAUUAUUUAUAUUUGUGAUAUUUUGUGAUAGAUAAACAAUACCCAAUUUUUUUUAUUUUUUAUUAAUUUAUUAUAUUAGAUAAUAAUGUACUUUGUAGGUGUUUAGUUUCCAAAUAUCAACACAUAUAACCUAUCUACAGCUCCAACUUUAUUUUUUUUUAAAUGUAUUAUUUAUUUCGUGUGCAAGUCUUAUUAAAAUAUAUGUGCCUAAGUGUUUUAGAUACCUAUUAUUUAUUAUAUUAUAUUCAAAUUUGUUUUUCCUUUGUCUUUAUUUACCAAUUAUUCAAAUCAUAUAUUUAAUAAUAUUAAUUUAAGUAGUUUAUUUAUUCACAAUAUUAGUUAGGUUUUGAAUUUAUUUUUUUUUCCAUGUUAUGUACUUUAUUUUGAAAAAAAAAUUGUUCAUCAUUUUUAAAGACUGGAAAAUGUUUAUCAUAUUAUGUAUACAUACAUAUAAUAAUAAUCAUCAUAAUUUAUUAUAUAAUUAUACAAAAUGCCUACCUAAUCUAGAAAGGCGUAAAAAAAAUUUGGUACCAUUAUACACAGUUAUUUAUUUAUAUCAUAAUAUUAAUAUAAGACAUUUUUUUUUUAGUCAUUGUCUAGUUGUUUUUUUUUUAAAUUAUUAUUAUUAUACUUCACCUACUUGUAACAUUAUUAAGAAUGAUUUAUAUUGUAAUAAGUGAUAUUACCUACUUUUUUCUCUUUUUUUUUAUGGCCGUAAUAUUUGUGUGAUACUUUUUUUCUUAUUAGUUGUAAGGCGCUACCAAUUGGCAUAGUCAAAAGUCUUGUUAUGUUCUGUUUUAAGUAUGCUAUUGUUAGUUGAAACAUGUAUUAAGGUGAUGGAGUUUGCUACUGUAGUUUCCAUUUUAAACUCGCCAUGUGUUUCCUAUGAAUGUUGAUUAUUUCUGUUUUUUUUUUGUCUCCUUUUUCAUCUGUCAAUAUUAUUUAAAAUAUAAUAAAUUUAAAUAUAUAUAUAUUUAUAUACAUACCUAUUUUAAUUAGAAUAUUAUAUUUUUAUUGUUAAUAUGAGUUUUACCAUUUUUUUUUUUUUCACUUAAACUGUACUUUUUUUUUGAGUGUGUAAUAGUUAGUAGUAACUAAUAAAUCUAACAUUAUUAUUGUAUACAGUCGAAGUGUGUAAAGUGUGUCUAUCGCUUGUCUCAGACUUCGGUUGAUAAUUUAUUUUAGUCAAUUCUUCAUAAGUGUAAUGUGACGGUUUUUUUUUUUUUUGAUAGAUGUUUAUUUUUUCAUAUUUUCAAUGUACAAAAUAGUGGAUGCCUAUAACCAUUAUUAUAUUUUUUCUUUUUUAAACUAUUUGUUUUUCUUUUUAGGUUUCCUAGGGUUUCCUUUAGGUUUUUUUUGGGUUCCUUUUUUUUUUUUACAAUAUCAAUUAUUUGGUACAGAAAUAUAAACAAAUAUUUUUCUGUCAAAUAUAUUUAUGCACUAGUUCAAUUCUUAUUACAUAUUAUCAAUUUUGUACAGGCUAUUUUCGUUUUUGAUUGAGUAGGAUUUUGUCUGUAGUUGGAUUAGGUACAGCAAUAAUUUUGUAUUGGAUAUCAAAUAUUUAUGUUCUGAAAAUAGGGCAUCUUGCUGAGUAGUUAACUAUAGUUCACCAAUUUUUAGCAGAUGUUAAGAAUACAUUAAAAAAAAAAAAAAAUACUGCAAACUCUUUUAUUUUACAUUUUUGUACAUAGCUAAUAAUAUGUCGUUGUUAAUAUUACAUAUCCUCUCCCACAUAGCCACUAUGUAAUGUAUGUUAAUUUUAAAACUUUUUACACUUGUUAUGAUAUUGUAGAUUUUUUUAAUAAUAAAUAAGAGACAAAAAUGUUUAUACAGUACCUACACAGAACAGGGGUAAGGUUUUGAAAAUUGUUAUGCAAAUAAGGCCGUUAAACGAUUAUAAAUUGAAAAACAACAAAAAUGAAAUUGGCUCGAAAUCUCGAAAUUUUUUAUCAAGAUAAUAUUAUAUUACACUUAUUGAAUUAUGCACAUGCACAUGUAUUUUUGUGAGUGUGAUUGGUUUUUUUUCUUUUUCUGGCAAACGUACACAGAUCUGUAUUUACAUAGAUAAAUACGAGUAUAUUUUUUUUUUUUAACACGAUUUACUUUCGUUUUUAUGUAAAUAAAAUAUGACACGUCACGUCACGAAAACGUGUUUACCUACCUGUCUGUUAUGUUAUAGUAUAUGUUAACAGUAUGGUUUAAUAUACCUACUGUCUAGUUGUUUGCGAUUUGGUUUUCACCCGGCCCGAGGAAAAGUUUUAAAUCGACACAGAACAUACUCGGAAUCUAAAAAUGACACCGAAAUACAAUUUAAUAACAGGUGAUUCGUUUAAGAGGGUACACUCAUUAUCUUUAAAAGUAAUUAACUUUUUCCGGAAUCAGUUUUCUAGAACAUUAAGAAACCAGCUGUUCUACAAUUUUAUAUUCAUGUUAUUUUUUGUCAUCCUAUCAUGAAAAAAUGGAAUAUUAGUUAAAAUAAAUGUGGGUGUUGACAUUUUUGAUUUCUGUAGAGCCGCUGACAAGAUAUUCCACUUUUAAAUUUAGGUUGGAGGAGAGUAGUGGAGUAUCAUUUGUGUGGCGGUACGGCGCAUGGCGUAUUAAUAAAGCACCACUACUCUCCUCCAACCUAAACUUAAAAGUGGAAUAUCUCGUCAACGACUUGACAGAAAUCAAAAAUUUCAACAUUAAAAUUUAUUUUAACUAAUACUCCAUCUAUUUAUGGAUAUUUUAAUGUAGGUUGCCAUUUGAAAAUCAAAAGUAGGUAAUGGUUUUACCUCUUAAAAAUAAAGGCGACGAAAAAUAACAUAA